ACCAGCAGAGCGGCAUCCCAGCCGCGUCAGCCACCUUGCUCUGUCUGCUCUCUGCCACAGCCCUGCUCUGUUCCCUGGGACCCCCACUUCCCCUCAGGUGGCCUGAUCUGCCCAGCUUUCCCUGGCUUCUGGCCUCUGGUCAUCCUCUCCAAGGCCCCCUCUGGGUCUUCCUCUAGAUCACCUUCCUCCACCUCCCUCUCUGCAGAACUUCUCCUUUGCUCACCCCCUCACCCCUCCUUCCUUUUCGGACCUCCGUUUGGAGGGCUCAGCGCUGCCCAGGCCUUAGGAGAGAUGUGGGAGGCUCAGUUCCUGGGCUUGCUGUUUCUGCAGCCACUGUGGGUGGCUCCAGUGAAGCCUCCUCAGCCAGGGGCUGAGGUCUCGGAGGUGUGGGCCCAGGAGGGGGCUCCUGCCCAGCUCCCCUGCAGCCCCACAAUCCCCCUCCAGGAUCUCAGCCUUCUUCGAAGAGGAGGGGUCACUUGGCAGCAUCAACCAGACAGUGGCCCGCCCGCUCCCGUCCCCGGCCAGCCCCCGGCCCCCGGCCCUCGCCCGGUGGCGCCCUCCUCUCGGAGGCCCGGGCCCCGCCGCUACACGGUGCUGAGCGUGGCUCCCGGAGGCCUGCGCAGCGGGAGGCUGCCCCUGCAGCCCCGGGUCCAGCUGGAGGAGCGCGGCCGGCAGCGCGGGGACUUCUCGCUGUGGCUGCGCCCAGCCCGGCGCGCUGACGCCGGCGAGUACCGCGCCGCGGUGCACCUCCGGGACCGCACCCUCUCCUGCCGCCUCCGUCUGCGCGUGGGCCAGGCCUCGAUGACUGCCAGCCCCGCAGGGUCUCUCAGGACCUCCGACUGGGUCAUUUUGAAUUGUUCCUUCAGCCGCCCUGACCGCCCGGCCUCUGUGCAAUGGUUCCGGGGCGGGGGCCAGGGCCGAGUCUCUGUCCAGGAGUCCCCCCAUCACCACUUAGCCGAAAGCUUCCUCUUCCUGCCCCAAGUCAGCCCCUUGGACUCUGGGCCCUGGGGCUGCACCCUCAACUACAGAGAUGGCUUCAAUGUCUCCAUCGUGUACAAUCUCACUGUUCUGGGUCUGGAGCCCCCAACUCCCUUGACAGUGUAUGCUGGAGCAGGUUCCAGGGUGGAGCUGCCCUGCCGCCUGCCACCUGGUGUGGGGACCCAGUCUUUCCUCACUGCCAAGUGGGCUCCUCCUGGAGGAGGCCCUGACCUCCUGGUGGCUGGAGACAAUGGCAACUUUACCCUUCAACUAGAGGAUGUAAGCCAGGCCCAGGCUGGGACCUACACCUGCCACAUCUAUCUGCAGGGACAGCAGCUCAGUGCCACUGUCACACUGGCAGUCAUCACAGUAACUCCCAAAUCCUCUGGGUCACCUGGCUCCCUGGGGAAGCUGCUUUGUGAGGUGACUCCAGCAUCUGGACAAGAACGCUUUGUGUGGAGCCCCCUGGACACGCCGUCCCAGAGGAGUUUCCCAGGACCCUGGCUGGAGGCACAGGACACCCAGCUCCUUUCCCAGCCCUGGCAAUGCCAGCUGUACCAGGGGGAGAGGCUUCUUGGAGCAGCAGUAUACUUCACAGAGCUGUCUAGCCCAGGUGCCCAACGCUCCGGGAGAGCCCCAGGCGCCCUCCAUGCAGGCCACCUCCCGCUGCUUCUCAUCCUUGGUAUCCUCUCUCUGCUCCUUUUGGUGACUGGAGCCGUUGGCUUUCACCAUUGGAGAAGACAGUGGCGACCUAGAAGAUUUUCUGCCUUGGAGCAAGGGAUUCACCCUCCGCAGGCUCAGAGCAAGACAGAGGAGCUGGAGCAAGAACCGGAGCCGGAGCCGGAACCGGAGCCGGAGCGGGAGCCCGAGCCCGAGCCCGAGCCAGAGCAGCCCUGACCUGGAGCCGAGGCAGCCAGCAGAUCUCAGCAGCUCAGUCCAAAUAAACUCCCUGUUAGCAGCA